AUGGGUGAUCCUGGUGUAAUCGAUGGCACAGAACAUCAAGAAACCGAUAAUUUUCUUUCAUGUCAAUUCGUUAUUGACGGAAUAAUAUAUUCAUCGUUUGAAAAUUAUUUUCAAUGUGCGAAAACGACCAACGAACAAGAUCGAGAAAAGAUUUUAAAUUCAGGACCAGGCGAUUCAUAUGCAUUAGCUGGACAAACGAUUCAACUACGAUCAGAUUGGGAAUCGGUUAAAAUGGAUGAAAUGUAUAAAGGAAAUUUGACAAAAUUUCAACAAGAUGAAGAUUUGACAAAAUUUCUAUUAGAAUCUGGUACAGAACCUGUUGAUUUUACAGAAUCAUCACCUUUUUGGAAUCAUUGGAAUGAUCUCAUCAUGCAAAGAAUUCGAGCUGAACUACGUCAAAAUGGCGAAGAAGACGCUUCUCGUGCUGCAGAAAUUCGUGAAGCAAUGGAAAAAUAUACUCAAGAAAAUAAAUAA